ACACAGAAAGUGGAAACUUUUGUUUUAUUAUGACUGAAUUCUUUUGGCAUUUUGAAAACUGGAUCAAGGCAUUUUAUUUAAUUCAAAUAUAAUUAGCCGAAAUAAAACGUCUUAAGUUGGAGGUUCAAUUUGGGCCGUUUGAUAUUUAGGUCCUGCCUUUCAUCAAGGCCGAGGUUGGAAAUCUUUGGUGUAAAAAGGUUGGUGACCGCUGAUCUACAUGUAUACCCUGAGGAUCGAACCCAUAACCUUUAAUUUGGCAAUGUCAUACGCUGUCAACUGAGCUUUUUGUAUGCUGGUAUUCACAUUUAAAAAUUAGUUAACUCUUUUGGGCUAUUUUGCCUUUAUUGAUAGACAGUAGUUUGAGAGACGACAGGAAAGUAGAGGGUAGAGAGAGGGGUAUGGGAUCGGCAAAGGACUUCAAGCCGGGAUUUAAACUCGGGUCGCCGGAAGUGUACACUAUAUAUCGGAGCGCUUUUGUUUAACUUGAAUCUGCUGUUUUUUUAUUUGCUGUGGAAGAAAAAAGAUUAUUUUAAGUUCACUCUUCUGGACUACUGAUCUCAAACACUGUUAUCAGUUUGUAUUUAACAAUGUAAACAAGAGUCAGACUGUGAGAGAUAGUGUGCAUCUCAUCCAGACAGAUUUGAGUAUAAGCAGCAGUGCAAAAAACGACAACAUGAACAAACUUCUAGCUGUCAUAAGUUUAACAGCAUUUCUCUGUUAUGGUGUGCAGAGUUCUGACCUAUCAGAAAGAGAGUUAGAACGGCAAAUCAUCAACUCUGGCAUUGCGGUGUUUAUAGACAUACUGGAAAAAUUCAAAAAUGUUACAGAGAAAAUAGUAAGAGAAAAUCAGUUUAAAAAAUCCAGGAUUGCGGUCCAAGAGCACUGGAAAGACUUAAGACAGACUGUGAAACAAAUCAAUGAUAUUGACAGAGAGAAAGAGGGUCUACAACACCUAAAGCUUUCGUUGUCUGCGGGUAGAACAUCCGUAACAAUGACCAGAGAGAUCACUGAGAAACUUAUUCGCCCAUAUAUAAACAUUUAUGAUGAAACGUUUAAAAGCGAGACCAUGGCUGGGAUCUGGAGAGAAGUGGAUUCAGAGUAUCUUCAAGGAGCCCCACCGAUAUCCAAUAAACCCUUGAAUCUCUUGAGUUACCUUCUAGCCAAGACGAUUGUGAAAUCUGGGAUUGUAGAUGCCCUCAAAGGUGGAGUGAAUAUUGUUUUAGAAGUUGGAAAAAUCGAUCUAAACCAACUUCAUGAGGAAUUGCAGCUGCUUAUGAAUCAGGUUGGAGAGAAGGCUGCUCACAUUUCAACAUUAGAAAGGCAAAAAGAAAAAAAUGAUUUUCUUGUAUCAUUAAGAACUGCAUCCGGAUUGAUUGUCUUUUACUGGGAUCAGAUUUUGGAACACACAGAAAGUUUGUCAUUCCAUAAGAAAUACUUAGACUCUAGAAAGCGAUGGGUGGAGCUAACGCAGUUGAAAAAUUCAAGUGAAAAGUAUCAUGUGCUUAUAGACCCACAAACAAAGCAUGACAUUUUGGAAUGGACUGACAAAACAUUUGGUAAAUCCUUUGAAGCUGUGGCCCUGAAAUAUUAUAAACAUGGAAAUGAACUGUUUGGUUACGACAGAUUCAAUCAAUCUAACUGGGUCUUUGACAAGAUCGCUACUGUUUAUGGUCUCCCCGUUUAUGAAAAACUGACUGAAAGUGGUUUUGGGAUUUCAGAGCUCAACAGACUUCUUCACAGAAUAAACCAUGCAAUUGUUAUUAUAGAAGGCCAUGAUCGUUCAUUUUAUUCAAGCCAGACCAGUUUAGAACAACUUAUUCGUCAUAUUCCAUUUUUUAUUAGUUUUUAUCUUGAAGAUUUGGAAAGAAAAGGCACAGACGAUGACAUAUUACUACCUGUGAAAGUGAUCAAGGCAAUGGUUUUUCAUAUUUGGGACAAUGUUCUAUUUCUUUCUAAAUUGGCAUUUUCUGGUAAAUAUGAGCCUCAGGAAUCAGAAAGAGAAUGGAAUCACAUGAGGAAAAUCUUUAUUAAUGAGUUGAUAAAAAGUGGAGAAUUUACUGAAGAGGAACUUGAAGAAGCACCAAUGAACUUUCUCAAUGCCACUCGUGGGAUACUAGAGAAAAUUAUGAACUUUGGUGAUUUGGCUGAAGGGUUCAGUGAAAGGAUCGAUGCAUCGGCUUUUGCCUUUAAAGAAAUGAUUCAUUAUAUAAAUAUGGAAUUUCACAAAACCUACAUUGUAAAAAAAUCCAACUUCUGAAUGUUCUUUCAACAAAGAUAAUUAAGUUACAUGAACAAAGAUUUUUUUUGUCGAAGGGGGUCAAUUCAUUAUUUUGUGUUCACUGAAUGAAGAAAGCAUAAUAAUUUAAGUAACAAAUAUUAUUUUGUUGACUGGACUUAGAUAUAUAAGUUUUUGUCCAUUUCGUUCACCCAACUUGCCAAACUGAGUAAUCUGAACAAGCAAUUUAAAAAAAACAAUUGUCUGAAUGGUUCCCAGCAUGCAUUGCGAAAUGUUAACUUGUUUGGUUCAUUUUUAAUAAAAAGAUGACCGUU